CGGGCAACCUCAGUGUCACCAGUCUGUCCGGCGGCCGACCCUCUCCGGCGGACCCUCCCCGUCGUGCAUCUCCGGCGGCAACUUGCUGUGGACCGCUCAGGCGGGCAGCUACGUCGGCAGCUCCGGCUGGAUGCGGUUGCUGGCAGCCUAGCGCGCGCUGCAGGUAUCGGUGGACCGCUCCGGCGGGCAGCUCCGGUAGGAUGCGGUGGCGGGCAGCCUAGCGGCCCGGCUCCAGUGAUUGCUCUGUCAGCCCCUACCCCGGCUCCGACGGCUUGCGGCCCCAAAUCUGCCACCUACUGCAUGCCUGCGGUUGCUUAAAGAUGGACAGGACUUGGAUUCAUGCUACUCGGUUCAGCGAUGCCUUCAGCAAUGGCGUUGAUCAGUUUAUGUCUUUUGUUCAAGAUAGGUUCAGUGAGAAUGAUGCUAUACUUUGCCCAUGUCGCAAUUGUCUGAACCAGUCUUCACGGAGUCAGAAAGAUGUGCAUGACCAUAUCUAUCUUUUUGGGAUGUCAACUACGUAUACUCGGUGGGUGCACCAUGGUGAAGCUUUUGAUGUUGAGAUAGUGGAAUAUGCAGGGGAUGCAAAUGAACCUGAUGAUCUAGGUAAUGUUGUGGAUGUGGACGAGCCCGGCAAUGAGAAUGACGGCACGGCAGAGAUGCUUGCAGACCUAUACACAGCUGUAGAAGAAGAUGGAGGAAAGCCAAUGUUUGUGAAAGUUCUUGAAGAUGCAAAACAUGCUCUGAGCCCGGGUUCAGUUCAUUCUAGGUUCUCUUUUCUAGUUAGAAUGCUACAUAUCAAGUCAUUCUACAGGAUAAGCAACACAGCUUUCAGUGCACUAUUGAAGUUAUUGUCAGAAUCAUUCCCUAACUGUGUUCUUCCAGAUUCAUAUGAGAAAGCAAAGAAGUAUCUCAAAGAACUGGGCCUUGGAUAUGAGUUAAUCCAUGUUUGUGAGAACAAUUGUGUGUUGUUUCGGAACGAUUUUGCCAAACUUGACAACUGCCCGAAAUGCAAGGAAUCUAGGUGGGUAGAUGGAGAUGGUCUCAAACAGGUUCCUAAAAAGGUUUUGAGAUAUUUUCCUAUUAUACCCAGGCUGAAGAGGAUGUUUGCAAACAAAGCAACAUCUGAGGAGACCCGGUGGCACAAGGAUAAGCGGGUUUCAGUGGAAAAUGAAAUGAGCCAUCCAGCGGAUGGAGAAGCCUGGAAACACUUUGAUAAAGUGUAUCCAAGCUUUGCUGGAGAUGCAAGAAACUUGAGGCUUAGUUUAGCUACAGAUGGUUUCAAUCCUUUCGGGAACAUGAACACAACAUAUAGCAUGUGGCCUGUACUUGUCAAGGUAUAUAAUCUACCUCCAUGGUCAUGCACUGACUCAUCCAACUGCAUCAUGGCACUGCUCAUCCCAGGACCAAAGUCUCCAGGCAAAGACUUUGACAUAUUCUUAGAACCUCUCAUUGAGGAUUUGUUAAAACUCUGGGAGGGUGUCAAAACUUAUGAUGCAAUCACUGGUUCAAAAUUUGACCUUCGCGCUGCAGUUUAAGGAACAAGAUAUGUUACAUUGGUCACCAUCGCUACCUUCCAAAAAAUCACAAGUGGCGAAGAAGCUUGGCCUUUGAUGGACACCAUGAAUACAAGGGUGAGCCACAGAAGUUGAGUAUGGAGGAGACAUUGGAGUGUCUAGAGAAGGUAAAAGAUAUUACUCUUGGUAAGCCUGAUGGUAGCAAGAAAAGGAAGCGUGGACAGAAGGACCAUGAGCCAAAAUUGUUUAGCCAAAAGUCUGCUCUUUGGAAACUGCCAUAUUGGCAACACUUGAAGCUACCACAUAAUCUUGACGUGAUGCAUAUAGAGAAGAACAUAUGUGAUGCCCUUCUUGGGAUAAUACUCCGUCUUGAGGGAAGAGAAGGCCAGAGAAGCCUCUACAAGCAGCUAAGCUAGCUUCAGAGGCUGGACUUAUCACUAGGAAUAGCAUGCCAAUCCUAACUCACUGGAAACAUUACAAGAAAGAUGAAACCCACAUGAAAGAAUUCAUGGGCAAGUUAUCUGUUAGGCUGGCAGUUGAUGAGAAGGAUAAGCCAACAGUGGAAGCCUGCAGCGAUAUACUCCAAAAAGUUGUACGCCAGAGAAAAUAUUUGUUGAAGAAGAAGUACUUCACUGAUAUACCGGCUAAUCAAGUCAGAACUACUUCCCCUGUUUCUAGUCUAACCGAUGAUCAGUGGCUUGAGCUCAUGCAAAUGUGGUCUACUGCAAAAGCGAAGGCAACUGCUGCGAAGUACAGGCUGAACCGUGCUAAGGUCAGGCACCAUCAAAAGACAGGUUCUCGCAGCUACAUUCCACACUUGUACGCAUAUAGGCAGAAAAAUAAGGACCGAGAAGUAGAUGCAGUGGAGAUGUUCAAGGUAUGCCAUACCAGCGAUAAGACUGGUAUGACUGAUGAGGUCAAGGAAACAGUUAGUACCAUGGAAAAUAUGUUGGCCCAACCUGCCCAAGAUAUGGAGACAGCAAGAUCUAGUACUGAGAUUGUUUCAAAGGUUCUAACACAAAACAGUGCAGCAUCUACAUUCCUCAAAAAUGCUGGUAUUGAAACAUCAGUCAGCAAAUCUGUUGCAUCAGCUGCAAGAGAAGCACAACUUCGUGAGCAGCUACAGGCGGAGAAGGAACGAGCUGAUCAUCUUCAAGAAGAGCUAGACACCCUCAAGAAGAAAGCUGCAGAUACAGAAGAAUCAAUGGCCAGGACCCAAGAAGAAGUACGCAGGACCCAGCAAGAGAUGGAGGAGUUCAGGAAGAAACAAGAAGCUAAUGAUCUGAUCCUUCAGCGCAUCUUGGGCCUCAAGUCAGGUACUGGACCUUGAACCUCCCCUGACUGGGUUCCUCUGUAAGAACAUGGAAUUAUGCUGUCACUUUGUCUUUCCCUUGUGAACUUUGUCAGUCGGUUGGCACCUGUGAUGAACUGUUUCUGUGAAAUUGUUGUUCAAGUACUUGUUGUUCCCCUGUGUUGGGGAACUUCGGUUUAAUCAAGCUGUGAUGUAUGAACAAAUUUCUAUGUAUGGUACUGCCUGUGUGUUAAUAAGUUAUAUUUGCAGUUGUGAUGUAUGAA